AACUCCUCCUCUUUCUUAAUUAUAAAUGAAAUCCAUCUUCUCCAUCUUCAGUCACACUUCAUACAAUUUCUUCCGCCUAGAAGGCUCCCGCCACCCUUUUUUUUUGGACCACCUCUUUCAGUACUCAGCUGUCAGCUCUCAAUCCUCCCUGAUCCCCCAACUAGGUUAGGAGCCUUUACAGAGUCUCUCCCAAUGCUCCAAGCAACCAGACCAAGACACCGCUCUCUGAGAAUAGUUGCUCUUUUCUCCAGCAUCCUUUUAUAAGAUCUCUAGCUGGGCGGGCUUUGCAUUUGCGAAGUAUCGGUGGGCGGAGCCGCUGGAGAGAGUCCGCAGUAACUCUUCCUUUUUCGUCCCCAGUGGGGCGCACCACCUCCCCGGAACGUGCGAGCGGCUCGUUGUGUUUCCGGUCGGAGCGGCCCGCGGCGCACACCAAUAUGGCGGCGCUGGUGGCGAGAAGUGCUCGGGACUUGCUGAAGCGCGCCGACCUCGCGACGGUCCCGCGGAGACAACGGCAUAAGAAGAAAUGGGCUGCCACAGAGCCCAAAUUUCCUGCCACUCGACUGGCUCUGCAGAAUUUUGACAUGACCUACAGCAUGCAGUUUGGGGAUCUUUGGCCGUCGAUUCGGGUCAGUCUCCUGUCAGAGCAGAAGUAUGGUGCACUGGUCAAUAACUUUGCUGCCUGGGAUCAUGUGAGCACUGAGCUGGAGCAGCUGAACGCCAAGGACUUUGUGAAUGAAGCCGCCUUCCGCGGGGAACCAGAGCCUGAGGAUGGCCAAGCUGCAGCUCCACCUGCUGCUUGGUCCUGCAGUCCAAACCUUAGAUGCUUCACGUUCACCAGAGGGGAUGUCAGCCGUUUCCCUCCCGCCAGGCUUGGCAGCCUGGGUGUCAUGGACUACUACCUGAUGGAUGCUGUCUUGCUGCCUGUCCUGGCCCUCGGCCUGCAGCCUGGUGACACUGUGCUGGAUCUAUGUGCAGCCCCUGGGGGAAAGACACUAGCAAUGCUUCAGACUGGCUGUUGCCGCAAUCUCGCCGCCAAUGAUCUUUCCACGUCGCGCACAGGCAGGCUGCUGAAGGUCCUUCACAGCUACGUGCCUCAAGAUGUCAGGGAGAGGAAUCGAGUUCGAGUCACAUCCUGGGAUGGCAGGAAGUGGGGCGAACUGGAAGGGGACACCUAUGACCGGGUGCUGGUGGAUGUGCCCUGUACCACAGACCGCCACUCCCUCCAUGAGGAGGAGAACAACAUCUUUCAGCGGUCGAGGAAGAGGGAACGGCAGAUGUUGCCUGUGUUGCAGGUGCAGCUUCUCGCGGCUGGACUCCUUGCCACCAAACCAGGAGGCCAUGUUGUCUAUUCCACCUGCUCACUCUCCCACUUGCAGAACGAGUAUGUGGUGCAGGGCACCAUCGAGCUCCUGGCCAAUCAGUACAGCAUCGAGGUUCAGGUGGAAGACCUGACACACUUUCGAAAGCUUUUCACGGACACCUUUGCUUUCUUCCCAGCCUGCCGGGUUGGGGAGCUGGUGAUCCCAAACCUGACGGCCAAUUUUGGGCCUCUGUACUUUUGCAAAAUGUGUAGAAAGACAUAGCAUCCCCUGUUCCUGAAAUCCUGGUCUAGGAAGACAAAGGGUGCGCUCUUGUGGAGGCACCGGAAACUGAGACCAUUGGCAGAGAUGCACUCUGGCCUACCUCCACCCUGUUCAGGUCUUUCUAUGACAGUUCUCAGCAAUAGGAAGUAGGAGUGUUUCUGUCCCCUGCUCUCCAAUUGUGGAGCAUUAGCAGGUUUCUUAUUUAUCACACCCUACUUCCAACCCCACCUCCCCUCUCUGAGGCUGUGCUAAAGGUUCCUGCCCCAUUAGGGGCUUCCAAGGAGGAAUCAGUGUGCAGGCCCAUUCUUUAAGCUGUAAACUUGGGAAGAAGCAUUUAGCCAAUAAAACUGUUGAAGGUCCAUGGAGCUGGGGCUGUAGUUGAGGGGCUUCGUGUCGUCCAGGUAUCGUUAGUUCCAUUUGUACCACAGCUGCUGCUACUGAGCACUAGCUCCCAGGUACCCGAAGCCCGGGACCUCAGCCUUGUUGUGGGCCUCUGGUUUCAGAGCCCUCUCACACUUGAGGUGAGUUCUGCAUGCUCCGUUGUGAGUAGCCGAAGGGCCUAAACAAGCCUACCAAGUUUCUCCAUAUGGCCCAUGAUCUAAUCUAAGGAACAAGUAACUAAAAAUGUUAAGCCAGUGCAUAAUAAUCUGCUUACUUACGCAGAGAAAGCUCUCGAGCUGAAUAAUUCCAGCCAUUCCUCCUGCUGUCAACAGCGCUGCUGCCCACAGUGGCUGGAGAAGCUGCUUCUGCCACACAGCUGUGAUACUCUUUUUGUUUCUUCCAUUGUCCACUCUUCUGGCGAUAUUCCUCCAGCUCCUCUAGGACAGGUGGCCAGGGAGCUACCGGAGAUGUAGCAUUUGGAAUUGAGCAAUAAUAAGGCCUCUUCGUACUUCAGCCUGGCAGCUUUCCUCUUAUUUUCUGAGUGCCUAGGAAUUGCCUAAUGCCUUGUUUUAUUAUAUUCAUUGUUUUGCUUUGUUUUUAACUUGUUCCUGGCCCAUGGCUGAGCUCUGGUGCCAGUGCUCUGGCCAAACCUCAAAUCCCUCAGGCUCCCCUCCCAGCAUCACAGGGUCUCACCUCACACCGUGUGUGUUUGGGGCAACAUUACAUCAUUCGAUGCCUGACUGCUAGUCAUGUUGGUUUUGUAACUUUAGCACAAAGAAGGCUGUCUUUGUGUAGGGAUAUUAAAAAUUGCUUAUGGUCACUUGCAGAUACUGCUUUUUUUAUUAAAAAAAUUUUUUUUUUCUGGAAAACUGA